AUGAUCGCAAGCGCCAUACUGCAUAUCCGCUCAAAUCCACAAAUAUGCAAAGAAACCAGGGGAAAACACCAACUUAUAGCAUUCAUGGACGACUUCAAAUGUCAUUCUCCGACCGAAAGCGGCAUAAAGUUGAUAACAGAGCAACUAAUAAUAGCCUUGAAGGAGAUUGGCUUGGAGUUGAAUACUGCCAAAUGCGGCAUAUAUUCCAGAGAUGCUACACACGCACCACAUGAGGAAAUCAACACCCCGUUCCUACCCCUGGUUGAAGAAGGCUACAAGUACCUUGGAUUGGAACAGCCAGAGCGCGAUACUGCCGGAAAUUUUGAGAAAGCCCAGGAAAAAUUAGAAGAAAGCAUUGACACUAUUUUGCAGUCCGACCUUACAACAACCCAAAAGGUAUAUCUCAUAAAUUCCACGGCAGUACCAGCAGUGGUAUAUGUGACAGCCAACGCGUACCCUGAUGAAAAGCGAAGUACAACACUCAAACGCUGCAGAGACCUUGACACAUUGAUACGCAAAAGACUCAUUCAACACAAGAUGAAGGGAACGACAGCCUCGAAUUCAUCAGUCUAUUUGCCGAUAAAAAAAGGAGGAUUGGGAAUAAGGUCCAUCGAACACCAGACAGAAAUUAGCUUUGUCAGAAAAGGUAUUUAUUUGACAAAAAACCAGGAAAUGGCAAAAUGUUGCAAAACAUAUGAACAGCUAAAAAAAGCAGGCUGGAGAAACCCCCUGAGCGACAUGGAAUUCGUCCUGGAGAAGUAUGGAGUGACUGUUCAAAACGAGGAAAACAUCAAAAAAUGCUGCAAGGAUACGACCACAAGAAUAAUUGAGGUUAUCCACAGGAGACUACAGGAGGACUGGUCCAGGAACAUGCACUAUGGCAAACUUGUAAAUCAAGAGGGAAAUAACAUCUCCUUCCCUGCCUAUUCCUCCCCCUUCUUAGACACAUGGAGAAGAGGAGUGCUGAUGUCCGCUACAGAAGAACAGCUUCAUGGGUUGGGCUCAUUACCAAUGAGAAGAAACUGCAGAAGAGGAUGCAACCAUGCCGAAACAGCUUACCAUGUCUCUGCUUCAUGUAUCUGCAACGAAUAUACCACCCGGCAUGACAAUGUGGUGUAUUGGACACUUAAAACGCUGCUGACGAGUCUGAGAGCCCCGAACAACUAUAUCAGGAACCUCCAGUUCGGACAAAGUACGUGUAGAGUAGAUUUCGAGGCAAAUAACAGAAAAGUGAGUACCCAGGCAGGUCAAAAGCUUUUGACUGAGAGGAGGCUUUAUCACAACAAACCAGAUAUCCUUGUUAAACUCACGAAUCCUAGCGAAAUCUUCAUCAUCGAAGUGGCGGUCUCCCACAUCCAGAACUGGAGGAAUCAAGAACGCCUCAAAAGAACUAAGUAUGCCAUCAAUUCCGUGAAGCACAUAACAGAAUUCAACCUGUCAAACACCACCCGAGACCUCAACAUCGUCACAGCAUUGGGAGCAACCUACAGAUGCCCAGUCAAAUUGGCAAUUUUCGUAGUCGGAUGUUAUGGCGAAUUGAUUGCGACCGAUGAGCAUAAACAGUUCUGUGAGAUGAUGAAGAAGAAACUACAGGUUUCCAAUCGAAGCAUGAGAAAUCUCCUCAACCACGCGACCUACAGCGUGGCAGUCUCAACCAGCAACCUACUAAUGAAGAGACUGAACGAACCUACUACCUGUGAUAGAUAA